CCUCCUGCCUGGCCCAAGUGGCCCAAGGAUCGCGACGGAGGUGCAUCAGUCUUCGGGAGUCUUCUGUCCGACGUGCAUCAUCCGCUCCCGCGAUCUCAUCUCUCAGCUUCUUCUUCUUCUUCUGCUUCUGCUUCUAGGAAUUGCGCGUCAUAUCUUUUGAGGCGCUACCCCACCACCACCACCACUAACAUCAUCAGGUUUUAUUUUUUCGCUUCAGUCAGCGCUCAUUAAAAAUUUGUCGUUGAAUGGAUAGACUUUAAUUUUGAGCGAAGGGAAUUUUGCAGACGUCUAAGCGUGUUAAUGUCUUACGAUUAACUUUGGGUGAGCGCGUGAUGCGAAACGAAUUCCAGUGAUUGGAUUCAAACAGGGUAAAAUAGUGCGUCCAUUGUGCGUGUGUAGUUUUCGUAUAUUUCUCCCGUCGGCGCUGACGGAACUGAAUUUGAACGGCAUCGAUCAAGAAAAGUGUCAAAGUGUUUUCGCCGUUUGAUUUGUUGCUGCUGCUCCUGGGGGGACAUUGCGGUCAAAAAAGAAUCAUUGGACGUUCCGGGUCGACCCGGUGAUUUUGUCAUGAAUUCAAUCGAACCGUUCGCCGAUAAUCAGCGACUAUCGAUUCCGGCAGCGGCGAUCUUGCUCGACUCGACCCAUUCCUGAUUCCCAUUCUCUCAUAGAUUUGGAGCGCCAGAGUCGAUCAUCCUAAUCAUCAAUCCAUCUCACGGCGUGUAUAGAGAGAUAAGACCAGAGGGGAACUAGGGCGGGACCAACACUGCAUCCGGAAGAUGAAGUGGUUACGGCCAGGUGUCAGCCGGACAGACUUUCUCUUGAUGACUCUAAUCUUGACGACGGCGACGACGCGACUUGGCCGGGCUUCUGGGAGCGAGCCGGCCAGCGGAUUCAAUUCCAGCAGCAGCGUCGCCGUGCCACCCUCAGAGGCGUCCUCGAUGAACUGGACUCUGCAGCACGAGAACAUUUCGUCCGUCGUCAAUGCUGAAUCUAUUACGACGGCCACCGACUAUUACCCGGUAGCAGCUACUCAUUCGACGGUGGAUCCUGCGCUGGUGGAAGAGGAUUCGACCGAGCGUUCGAUGGGAAGUGUCAACGAGGUCUGGGCCAAAAUCCGCCACUUGCACCAAAAAGUGCGGCUCAAAGAUGCGGAUCAGCAAGAAAUCGAUGGUCAUCAGACCACCGGCAGUCCGACUCAAGAGUGGGAUUACGUCGAGGAUGCCACCAAACCUCCGACAUCCGGCGCUGAUGAGCUCCAGCCACAGCAGGCAGGGAAGAAGUCAUCAAGCGCCGCUCUUCAAAUAAAAGACGUCGCCAUCAAUUCCAAUCCGAGCGGAGGCGGAGGCGGCGGUGGUGGCGCCAGCGUCAAUAAAAUCAAAUCGGGCCGCAACAGCAAGUUGAACGGGACGGGCAGCACGAAAGCCUUCCGCAUCCUGGCGUCCGGCACGAGAAAAACCAACAAAUUGCAAGGCGUUUCCAGUAGCGGGGGAGGAGGAUCUUCGACCAACAACCUGGUCACGGCAGCCGGUCAAACGGGCGAGGACGUUGCGGUCGAUGGGAAAAACCAACACGUGGAGGAGGCAAUGGACAAUAAAGAUCCGGCCGUGCCGGCCAAGGCAAAUAACAAAGAACAGCGGACGGCAACAACAACAGGGACGAACCCGCCCAAACCGGUGGUUCCGCGCUCGUUCUUUACCUCGUCCCAUUCAGCGGAGAAUGGGCCGACGGGCGCACCCAGGUUGGAGAAUAAAAUCGCCGCCAUGAAAGGACUCUCAUCCUCGGACGCUGAUGGCGAAUCGUCGUCGUCAAGCGACAGCCUGGAAGUGUACGACAGUAGCGAUGCGGAAGCGUCGGAUUCGAGCUCGCUGGACGAUCCCAGCACGUACGAUCCCAUCAACAAGCCCGACCUUGACAUAAUGACGAAAUUUCUGCGCAUUGUCGAGUCGCAAUCUUUGCUGGGCGACAACUGCACGGCGGGAACGGACGACACCUUGGGGGAAGGCGUCGUGGAUCGCUACGCCCAGGAUCGCUUCCGCCUCGAGGCCGAAGUGGCCGUCAACCGAGCUAAUUGGCUGACGCGACUCUGGAAGUACGCCGACAAAAGCGUCCUCGAUUCAGAGUACCUCUUGCACGUCGAGCUCUACUCCAUGAUCGAGAUGGACGAGGACAUCUUCGCCGCUGGCAACUGUUACGACAAGUACCAGUACAAGGACUACGUCCUAUUCUGUCCGUUCGCCUUUCGGAUGUUGGAGGGUCCCAUAUUGGCCAAGGAUCUGGCCGUCGAGUACAAGUACUUGGCCAACACAUCCGAGUGGUUUUACAUUGCUCGCAAGAACGCCGAGCGCGUCAUCCGCAACAUGACGUCAUUGACCAAAGCAUAUCAUACGUACACGGCGAACGAGACGGCCCACACAGAGCGCUUCGACGACGAGAUCCUCACGGUUUCCUACGAAGACGGGAAAUGGAGUAAGCCCUACUUUGACUGCGGCGGAGGCAACAUCUGGAUGAUGACCUACACCGUUCCAUUUUUCGGCUUCGCAAAUGGAACUUAUUUUUUCAAAGGGACAAGCGGUAUCGACAUUGAUUUAAGGAGAGUUGACAUCGACCAGUGCCCGCAAAAAUCUGGCAAUACUCAGCUCAACAUAUUCGCCGCCUCGGACAAAUGCAAAUUCAGGACGACAAAGUGUGAACACAUUCCGGGACUGGGUUUCCGACGAGGAAGUUACCGCUGCGAAUGCAAGGACGGCUUCUACUUCCCGGACACGAGUGCCCCCGUUCGCUAUUACAACGGAACUGUAAUCGAAGAAGAAUACGAGAAGAAGCUCAUGGGAUUGGACGGUGUCUACGAUCAAGAAGGCAAAUUCGAAUGCCUACGUUGUCCGGAAGGAUGUGACGUCUGCGUGGAUGAUAGCCCAUGCAUCGUCACCCUGAACUGGGUAAUGCGUACCACCAUUCUCAUCCUGGAGAUAAUCGUCAUCUGCUGCCUACCGGUCGUCGCCCUGUUCACCUGGCGCUACAGUCACGUCAAGGUCGUUCGAGCCGCCAGCCCUGCUCUGUUGCGAUUGAUCAUUCUGGGAGCGUUCUUCAUCUACUGCACGAUCCUAGUGGCCUACAUGAGACCCAACAUGAUUACCUGCUCACUUCGCGUCUGGUUCCGCGAGAUUGGCUUUUCCUUCGCUUACGGAGCCUUGAUGCUGAAAACAUGGCGAAUUUCGGUCAUCUUUCGAGUCCGCUCUGCCAAAGCCAUAAAAAUCACCGAUCUCGAUCUGAUCAAGCGACUCGGCAUCAUUGUGUCCAUCUUUGCCGUAUUUUUGUCGAUCCGGACUAUUGUCGGACCGCCGCACGUCAUCGUGGCCAAAACGGCCGACGAUCUCAAAGCUUACAUCUGCCAGACGGAUUGGUGGGAUCACGUCUUCACCGCAAUGGAGAUGGUAGUCCUGGUGUGGGGCAUCCGGCUGUGCAUUGUCGUCCGUAAGGCGCCGUCCGAAUUCAAUGAGAGCCGUUUUAUUUCCAUGGCGAUUUACAACGAGUUCCUGCUCUCCAUAUUCCUCAACGUUUCCAUGCUUUUCUUACAAUCGCCGGCCAAUCCCGAUCUGAUGUACAUCAUCAUGUUCUCCCACGCGCAGCUGACGACGACACUUCUCCUCGUCCUCAUAUUCGCUAGCAAAGCUUAUCUGGCUCUCCGUGGGCGAGGCAAAGAUGACGCAAGCUCGACUACAAACAAGCCCCAAGCUGCCAAAUUUUUGGCCAAGCCAAAAUCGGCCAACCAUUCCAACGUCACUCCUUCGGGCGGGAGUUUCAGAACGGACAUGAUCCCUGAGUUGUCCAGCGUCAACGAUCCGGAUAUUCAGGCGGAGAUUCGCCGUUUGCUCUGCGAGUUGGAGCAGUUGAAGGAGAAGACGGUGCGAUCCGGUCACACGCAGUUUGCCGCCCGAUUAGCUGCCAUGUCGCAAGCAGCUCGCCAGGUCAUCAGUCCUGCGGCGGCCACUGAAGUGAUCGCCGUCCUUGAUGCCGCCGAUACGGCGGCGGCGGCAGCGACGGCGGUGGUGGCGGGUGGCAAUUGCCUGGAGAACGGGCCGUCGAGCGACCACAGCAGGGUAAAUAAGGAGCAGAGUGACGUGGAUUUGCGUCAGAGAAAGACCGGCCAUUCAGUCAAGGAGAAGAUCAAAUCUCCAAAGAACAGUCCCGACUCUGGACUGGGAGGUCUGAUGUUCCAUUCCGGACCAGUGGUCAACAACGUGCUGGCCUGUAUGACGGACAGGAUCGUUUGCGCGACGUUCAGCGCCGAUCCAUCAGUGGUGGUCGAGGACGAUGAAGAUGUCAAAGACGCCGAUUCAAAUUCGUCAACGUCAAUUUCGUCGUCGGUGAGGCUGGCGAAACAAUCCAGGAAGGCGACGGUUUCCGCUAGUACUGCCGGCCAGCCAAAUCAGCCAGAAAGUCCUUCGUCCACCGUCCCGGCCUCGUCGUUAGCCUUGGCCGCCGCUCCGCUUCUGACGUCCAAUUUCGCCUUCGAUUCCCGAGGCGUCACCGUCCUGAGGAACUUUAGCGCCCCCAACAGCCGGCGCACUUCCUCCGAGCAGACGGACCUCUCGACGUCCAUUAGCGCUCAGCUCAGUUUGGUCGGCGACCACACAAAUAGUGGCGCCCUUCAUCUUUUCCACCCUGGGGAUCCAUCAACAAUGGCCACCUCCAUUAGUGUUCAUAGUCUGUGCCAAUCAUCGACAGCAGAGCAGGUGACUUCAGUGCUGGCCAAUCAUCACCAAACAGGUCAUAGACGUAAGCCAUCAGUCAGCAGCACCAGCAGCCCCACUAGCGGCCAGAACCAAUUCAACAGCCGAUUUGCCAUCACCUCACAGCAGGAUCACGUCGCCGACGAGACGGCUAUUGCUAGUACUAGUUCGUCCGUCGUCGUCAAUCAAUUCGAUUUGCCAGUGGUUUCUUCGCAGCAGUUUGAAGUCGACAGUUCGGUGAGAAGUGCCCAAAUCACGCCAGACAGUACGCCCGGUCGUUCGCUCUCGUCGUCGCGAACGCGCAUCAACACCGACGAUCGGGAGCGCUUCACCGAGGAAGUCACCGUUUGAAUAUAUUGUACCCCAUUUGAUAUAUACAUAUAUAUAUAUAUAGAACCCGCCCCCUUCUUCCAGCUCUUUCCUCCUCCUCCUACUCUCAACAUAUAUAGUGAAAUGGACUAAAAAAAAACCACUCUUCCAAUAUAACAUCAAAUUGCUAAAUUGAUUUGUAUACAGUAUAAUUAUUAUUACAUAUUUGCUGCUGUUAUUUAUUGGACUAUGUGCACUUUGUAUUAUUUUGACAAAAGACAAGAGGGGAGAAAAUGUCGUUAUAUACUUCACAUACAACACACACACACACGUCCUGCCCUCCUAAUCGUGAUGAUCCUAUAAAAAGAAAAGAAAAUGAAAAAAAAGAAAAAACCUUGAAAAUCUGCUGUUCACUCUCAUAUUAAAUGUCUGUCUCUCGGUGUCUACCCUGAUCUUGACCCGAUAUUUUUUUAUUUAAUUUUUUAAAAUUCUUAAUUGUAUAGCGCACUCAAUUGCCAGCGCAGCGCACACCCCCCGUUUUCAAUCUCGGUUUAAUUCAUUUUUGAAUGUUUUUUUUUUGCUCUUGAUUUGAUCUGGCGUCCGUGUUGUAGCCGACUGGGUCAUUCUUUGAUAAUCACUGAGCCCUGGUCAUCAAGGAAUCACCACGGCGGCGACACCAAAUCGACAGAUCAGCGAGCAAUUUAACCCAAUUGAUUUCUUGUGUUCUUGUGUGACCGUUUAGAAUUUUGUUCCGAUUCCAAUCAACCAAAACAUUCACAUUAUAUUUCGUUGUUGAAAAAGAAAUUGAUCAAAUGUCUUAUAUCAGUUGUCAUAUUUAAAAAAAGCAGAAGAAAAUUCAGACUUGCAUCAUUCGGAAAGCUUUUAAUUUUGUAGACAUUAUCAUUCUAUUAUAUGUAACAAGUGAAGCCGGCUGACGGGGUGACUGAAAGAUUAUUACAUUACGGAUGCCUGUGUGCUGCUGUGUCUAAAUCGGAUAAAUACAUCUUGCAUUAUAAAUAUGAAAA